AUGGGGAGUGGGGAGCCUAAUCCUGCUGGCAAGAAAAAGAAGUACCUCAAGGCUGCCCUGUAUGUGGGUGACUUGGACCCAGAUGUUACCGAGGACAUGUUAUAUAAAAAGUUCAGGCCUGCUGGACCUCUGCGCUUCACCCGAAUCUGCCGUGACCCAGUGACCCGCAGCCCCCUGGGCUAUGGCUACGUUAACUUCCGCUUUCCUGCGGAUGCUGAGUGGGCACUGAACACGAUGAAUUUUGAUUUGAUUAAUGGCAAACCAUUCCGUCUAAUGUGGUCUCAGCCAGAUGACCGCUUAAGAAAGUCUGGAAUUGGAAAUAUAUUCAUCAAAAACCUGGACAAAUCCAUUGACAACAGGGCCCUUUUUUAUCUGUUUUCAGCUUUUGGGAGCAUUCUCUCCUGCAAAGUCGUAUGCGAUGACAAUGGCUCUAAGGGUUAUGCCUAUGUGCACUUUGACAGCCUGGCCGCUGCCAAUAGGGCCAUCUGGCACAUGAACGGAGUGCGGCUCAACAACCGCCAGGUGUACGUCGGCCGAUUCAAAUUUCCGGAAGAGAGGGCUGCUGAAGUUAGAACUAGGGACAGAGCGACUUUCACUAAUGUUUUCGUUAAAAACUUUGGAGAUGACAUGGAUGACGACAAACUGAAGGAACUUUUCAGUGAGUAUGGGCCAACUGAGAGUGUUAAGGUAAUAAGAGAUGCCAGUGGGAAAUCCAAAGGCUUUGGAUUUGUGAGAUAUGAGACACAUGAGGCUGCCCAAAAGGCUGUGUUAGAUCUGCAUGGAAAGUCUAUCGAUGGGAAAGUGCUCUAUGUAGGGCGAGCACAGAAGAAAAUUGAACGUCUUGCUGAGUUAAGGAGAAGAUUUGAGCGGCUGAGAUUAAAAGAAAAAACUCGGCCUCCGGGGGUGCCUAUCUAUAUUAAGAACCUGGACGAGACCAUUGAUGAUGAAAAACUGAAGGAGGAAUUUUCUUCCUUUGGAUCAAUUAGUCGGGCCAAAGUGAUGGUGGAGGUGGAGCAAGGCAAAGGGUUUGGUGUUGUCUGCUUCUCCUCUUUUGAAGAGGCUACCAAAGCAGUAGAUGAGAUGAAUGGUCGCAUAGUGGGCUCCAAGCCCCUGCAAGUCACUCUGGGCCAGGCCAGGCGCAGGUGGUGA